CUUGGGCGGAGCCAGACGGGGGGGAGGGGGACAGAGAAGGCCGGAGGAGAGCGAGUGUCUCAGCUGAGUUGUCGGGAGGUUCUCGCGGAGCUCUCGCAAUCCUUUGGCCCUUCGGGAGCUGCCUGCCUUCCUCCCUCAUUUCAGGCGGUCGUGUGAUCACUCUCCGGCCGCAGGUGCACUACCUCGGCUUUAGGCCGCCGGAGAGCCGUUCUUCCUGUCACGGGGGCACCCUCCACAGCCAGAGCUUCGCAGCUUCGGCUUUAACCGCCGCCGCGUUCCCGACUCCUGUCCGGGUCUCGCCCGCAACCCACACGGGGCGCGCCUUUUGUUGCCGGCACCGUCCGCUCUCCGGCCUUCUUUUGCCACAGAGCCUAAACGGCGCCUAAUAUUGUUGCAACCGCAACCUGUCAUUCUACUUUUUCUCCAGCAUACUUGAAAAAUGGGUAGGAUUUUCUUAGAUCACAUUGGUGGUACUCGGCUGUUCUCCUGCGCAAAUUGUGACACAAUCUUGACCAACCGAUCUGAGCUCAUAUCUACCCGUUUCACAGGAGCAACAGGACGAGCCUUUCUAUUUAACAAGGUGGUAAAUCUGCAGUACAGUGAAGUCCAGGACCGAGUCAUGCUUACCGGACGCCACAUGGUUCGUGAUGUGAGUUGCAAGAACUGCAACAGCAAGCUAGGCUGGAUUUAUGAAUUUGCUACUGAAGACAGCCAGCGCUACAAGGAAGGCCGCGUUAUCCUGGAAAGAGCUUUGGUCCGAGAGAGUGAGGGAUUUGAGGAGCAUGUGCCAUCUGAUAACUCAUGAAUGAACAUCCCCUUGUCUUUAGGCUUUCUCUGUUGAAACUUUAGAAACGAGGAAAAUCAACAAAAAAUUUACUUACAUACAAUGUCACCUUAGCAUCAAUGCUGGAUUCAUGAACAACACAGAGGGAAUGAUUGUGAGAAUUUCAAAUGGAACGUUCCUUUUUUUUUUUUACUCCUUUCAGUUGUUCAUAGAGAAUGUUGUAUGACUGUUGUAACUUUGCCUUUUUUCCUUCAGUCUCAGACAUUUAAACAUUUGAAGUUAAAAAUUGUCUGAAAGGAAAGGAAUUUGGUUUAUUUCUUUUUGUUAGAGAUAAAUCAGUUGAAUUUUAGUUUUUCAAAAUUAAUUGCAUCAAAAGGACAUUUUAAUCUAAAACGUGUCUUUUAAUUUAUUUCCAACUCUAUCCUAAGUUUUUAGUUCUUUUUUGAGCCAGUCUUUUCACCUGAUCUGCUGGCUUAAGAAGUAAAAUUUGUGAUGAAUGCAAAAGGUCUAGUAUUUAGUCCAGUUUGUGCUGGCCGUUGAUUCAUGUUCUUGUUUGGGUUCAUUGAUAGUACAGGGCCUGUGCUUGUCUUUGUCUCUUUUUUUGUUUGUGUGUAACCCAAAGUUGUUGCCAUUCCUCAUUUACCGAAGCACCCCUUCCAUCAUAUGAUACAUUGACUAUUAUAUAUAUUUUUUAAUAGGAAACAUCUGUUAUGUUUUCCCAGUUUCCAGAUGUAACUUAAGAUGAUAAUAUAAAGAAAUGGCUGUCCAGUCUUGUGUUGCUUUGAAACUGUGUUGGUAGUGAUGGGGUUUGAACCAUUGCUGUAGCUGCAGCAUUCUUCCUUCCUUUUUUUGGCUGACCUUAGCUAGGAAGGUUGCAACUUUUGUUCUUAGAGCUACCCUCACCCUUUAAUGUGUAGCUUUGCGUUAAAAUCCUGGCUAUAAGGAAGAGGGGUAUGCCAGCAUGUACAGUUGUGCAUUACAACCAGGCAUCUGAUCUAUAUCUGAUUCAAACAGCUAACAACUUGUUUUCAAAUGCUGCUUCUGAUGCCAAGCUCUAACUCUUAGUUGUUGUGGUGCUGCGCCUUUACUGCUUUUACCAGCACAACAAGCUCAUAUGGCUGUACUUAAGUCGUUGAGUUACCUGGUGCUUCCUGUAGCAGUUACUUGUGUUGCAAUACUGGAUCUUGCUCUUCUGAGCAAACCUUUCUGUAGACUCUGUCCUUCCUCAGGAGUGCCCAAACUUUGCUGCCAGCAUGGCCUGCCCAGUUAAUUAUUUUUUUUUAAUUUGAAAGCUGCAUUGUGGAUGAUUAAACACAAUUUUGUACCCCUUUGUUCAUACUAGAUAUUCCAUAGACCAGGUAUUUGCCUUACUGCAACUGAAUCUUAAGAACUUGUCAAGUUCUACCAGUCAGCAAGGAAUACAGAGUAUCCAUAUAGAAAGAAAAAUAAUGGUCAUUACUUCAGUUCUAACCACACUUGCAGUGGCUGGGAUUGUUAUGGGGUGCCACUGCAAGUGCCUUUAGGAAUUUUGUUCCAUGAGCCCUACCUCCCAUGUAUUGCUAGAAACUGAAGGGGAGUUAUGGUUGUACUUUCCACACUCCUUAAGUGGCAUUCUGGCCAUUGAGCUGCAGUUUGGGCACCCCUCUUAGCUUGAACUUUGAGUAACUAAUAUGCAACUUAGAGGGAAAACCUGUAGAUUUCUGUACUGCAACUAAGCUGAAUCAGGAUACUUAAACAAUAGUGUACUUGUGCCUCAGGUGAGUAACCUUUACUUCAGUAGAUUCCCAUUAUUAUACCAGCUGAAUUUCACUAGCCUGGCAACUUGUCAUUGGCACAGUCCUUGAUGUAAUCUACAUGUAUUUUUGAUGUUGCAGUACAAUAAAGUAUGUUUUGCCCUGCA